UUUGGUAUUUGUCAAUACAUUAAUUUAAAUAAAUAUUCCUUACAACUUUACAUUACUUUUUUUUUAGUUUUACUGGUUACAAGAACGAAGGGCAAUUAAAAGAGUUGUUGCCAUUGAUCGCCAUGGAAACCACAUCAUUUUUCCUUUAAAUAGCCCAAUCUUAUUUAAAAAUAUGGAGAUGGAGAACAUUGAGAAAAUAGAUGACCACACAAAUGUCCAGUCACUUGAUAAAAUCUUGGAGAACUACGAAAUGCCCCUCAGAGUUCGACCUUGCCUAGACAAUCUGAGCUUUGAGUCAGCUACAAUGAAUGACAGGAAGCUACCACUAGCCUGGUUUAGUGAAAUCACUCUAAUGAAAAUCCACGAGAUGAAUACCAUCCUUGCAGUACACAUAUCUAAAGAUAAGAUUAAUCCAGCUAUUUGCUGUCUGGUAAAAAUCCGAGCUGAACAGUUUCAAAUUGCGUCUGCGCUGCCACAGAAUGACAAACACACUAUUGACAGCAUAAAAGACGAGAUGAAAUUGCAAAUUGAAAAAACAGUUAACUUUGACUCGUUUACUGACAACAGUAGCGAGAUAUAUGUUUAUACACCAAAAGUUAUAAACCGUGUUGGCCUAGGAAAGGGCAAUUACGAUAAUCUGACUGGAAAAAUACUGAAAGUUGUUCUAAAAUCUGAUGCAUACAUGUACCUACAACCAAAUAGUGGUUUCCAAACUUUGCCACAUUCUCUUAAGAUUGGUAAUACCAACCAGUAUUCAUCACUAAAUACUAGCAAUAAACCAACUAAGACAAAACCAUUGCCACCAAUUCCAAAAAUAUCAGGUCAGAACCUGCAUAAACCAUGCCCAAUACAGAAAGAAAAUACUUAUUCUGAACCUAUGCAGAGUACCUCUGAUAAUAAAAUCAAAGUAUGCCCAAUCAACAAAACUGUAGUUUUAAAAAGCCAGCAAAAAUCUGACAGAGAUGAGUCGCUUAAAACAACAAGUCAAACAGAAGUAUCAAACGAAUGCUUUCAGCACCAAUUUUUCAAUGUGAAGGAAGAAUUACUAAAGUUAAUAACAGUAAAAGACGAUGGAAUUUUGAAACAAGAGACAUCAAAUAUCACUCAAAAUUUUGAAUGCAGCGAUCCAACAACAAAACCUACAGAAAAAAGAGACUUUGCAAAAGUAGCUCUCAAACCACCAAAACAUCACGGUCUACAGGCAGGCACGCUUCCUCAAAUAUCUGGUCAAAGCAACGUAAACCAUAAUCAGCCAGUUGCAAAAGUGAAAGAGCCCAUUGCUCUUCCACACUGCAAAAUGACUCCUUCCAGUACACCUCCGACACUGACCUCAAAGAUCGCAUCUGGUCAAACCUCUGAAUUAAAGAAUCCAACCACACCAGUGGAUAUCACUGAUUCCUCUAGAUCACCAGAUAUUGGAGAACAGAGAAAAAUUUUACAGAGAGCUACAUCAACAAGUUUUCCAGGCAUUGACAAUUCAAAUCUUUUGAGGAGAGUAUCUUCAAGAGGCAAAAUUUUACCACCAAUCCCAACGCAAAAAAACAAGGUCAUGAAUACAAAACCAACUAAUGUUAAAAACCAAAACACACCAAAACUAGAGGUGCUCGUCAAGUCAGACAAACCAAGUAACAAAGACAAAUCAACAUCACCAGUAGAUAGCAAUUUCUUCCAUGAAGUCAAAGAUAAUGUUUCUUCCCUCCCAUCACCUAAAAUAGCGACAUUAUCUGAUAUUCCAUCUGACAUCUCCACAUUAACAAAAGAACAGGUAAUAGAUUGCCUUCAUUUGCUGAAACUGGACAAAUACAUAGAGCAAUUUGAUCUGAACAACAUUGACGGAGAAAUAUUUAGCGCACUCGAUCGGGAUAUUCUAACACAGGAGCUGGGCAUGUCAAAACUUGAUGCAUUAAAACUUGUUAAGUUUCUGAAACACAGAUGGCUUCCACAAGGUAUGAGUAAGCCUGCUGGUGAAAGUUAGAUUCUUUUAACCUCAAUGUGGUAAAACAAUCUGAGUCCAAACCACCACAGUAUGCUACAACGGUAUAUUAUUGAUUGAAUCUUAAAUGCAUAAUUUAUUCUUUUUAAAACAAGCUUAGAAAAUCCGUUUAAGGUUCUAAAAAUAAUUAAAAAAAUAACACAUUACUUUAAAUAUAUGUUACUGUAUAUAUACUUGCAUUUCAGUAUACAGUACUGUAUUCGUUUGAACUGUAAACAAAUCUUAAGUAUAGAAAUGACGAAAUAUUUUAAAAUUUUAAAAUCAUAUUAAAAUUAAAAUGUAAUUCAUUUAUCUUUUACCACUUUCGAAUAAACAUAGCAGUAAACAUUCAUUUCUUUUUAAUUAGGAGAAUUCUCCAAUCACGACCGUGGGUCUUAUUUAAAAAUAUUAUUUUGAUAAAUAUGCUUAAUAAUCGAGAGUACAUACAGUACCAAAUUGCAUUUAUGUUUUGUAAAUUACCACAGCCUUCUUAAGCAAUUUCUCAUAGAUAAAAUAAUAUGAUGUUGCAUAAGGUCACAAAACAUGGUAUAAUUUAAAUCCAAUAAUUAGGAAUAAGCAUGCAUUCUCAAAUCGACAAAUGUUUUCAAUGCACUGCGCUGAAACCUUAAAAAAUUGUAGGUGCCCCAGCAAAUAUUUAUUCAUUUAUGGUAUUGCAAUUUUCAUCUAUUGAACAUCUUAUGAUAAUAGUCUAAGCAACAAUGUUGAUCAGUCUGUAGAUUAUAUUUAAAGUGGGAGAAAGCGGCCUAGCUCAAGUCUAGGCUGGUAUUCUCUGACUCUAUAUGGUUAUAACAAGGGGCGGUGCUAGCAGGUGGUCCAGGGAGGGAGACAAAGGAAUCUAUCAGGGACCUCUGGACCCCCUCCUGUCAGGAAAUUUCUAGCAAGGUCCUCGGGGAAAAAUCAAGCAUAUGUCUUAGUAUAAGCUGUCAAAGUUCGGGAUUAAAAACUGUUUAAUGCGAGCAAGGAGCGGUAUACUAAUUGCAAUAAUAUGGGUUGUAGUGGUGCGCCAUGCUUUUCCCCGACAGGGGGAUAGGACCUACAACAGGGUGAUGGGACCUACAACUGGGAAGUAGUACCCCCAACAUCCUUUUUAAAUAAAGAAUCCCAUAAUAAACACAAAAUUUUAUUUUCUUUAAUAAAAAAUAAUCCCCCGACAAAUUUAAUCUACCCCCACCGGGGAGGAGAUUGAACCCCUUGUUGGGGAGCUUGGAUCCCUUAUCGGAGAAUUCCUGGCACCGCCCCUCUUGUAAGCAUGUGAAGUGUACUCGUCUUGUUUGUCAGAUAAAUUGUGGCAUUUUUGUUGAAUUCAGGAAACCGAAGGUUAAAACGCCGUCAACAUCAGUGGGCCUGUUUCUGCUGCCAAAAAAUACCGUAUAUAUACGGUUUUUUUUUUUGCAGCAGAAACGGGGCUCAUAAAAAUAUACCGUAUUUUUUAUACCGUAUUUUUCCCCACAAUUUUUGUGGAAUUAUUCCGGUAUUUUGCAACAGAUACUGUAUACCAUACAUUUUGCGAAAUGUGGACUAAAAAAACUAACGAUAUUAGCCAAUACUAAAUAACACCAAUAAUUUCUAGGCUGUAGCAGAAGUUGGGGUGUAAAACUUCCUUUGUUGCAACUUUUAAUUAUAGAUAAAAUAGAUGAAACUAAAAUUACAGUACAACGUUCUUUAAAGAAACCAUGUUUAUCGCAAGCAAAAAAAAAAAAAAUCACUACACAGGUCAAUCCAAACUUGGCAUUUUGGGUAAAAAAGGACCUUUUAAACAAGAUCACCCAAGAAGUACUAUUAGCAGAAACGGGACACUGGAUUUCAGAUACCGUAUUUUAUACAGUAUAUUUUAUACCAUAUUUUUAGGAAAAGCAGCAGAAACAGGCCCCUAGAUGGAAAUGUUUUGCUUAGUGGGGCUAAAAGUUUCACUUUCAUACUCUGUGAUUUAUAGCAUUAAUAAAAAAAAAAAAUACCAUGCCAUGGAACGGUCUGAUUCAGCGGUUAAACAACAUGAUUUAUGUUAUAAAUCCACAGACUUUAGUCUCUAAAAUGCAGUAAACUAAAGUGAACCUCUAGAAAUAUAUUUUUCGAUAUAAAUCAUAACAAAAAUGGAACAACAUUUAAAUAGUCUGAAUCUCUUGUGUUUUCCUCAAAACAAAAUUGGAACUUCCAAGAGCUGCAGAUUACCAAUAAAAUCUACCGACUUUUUAGAUUUGUUAACGUUAAAUGUUUCAUAAGGCUCAAUAAAAAAAUGAUU